AGUUUGGGAAGCAUGUAAACAUUGAGCGCCUGAAAGACCUUGUUGGAAACACAUCAAAUGUGCCAAAUAAACUUGUUUUAAUAAGUGCAGAUAAAAACAGCCGCUGAUUGUUUUAAAGUAAUGGUGGAGAGAUAUGGUUUUGGGAUGUUCGUGAAUCAAGAUGAUCGAUAAAGUAAGAAACAGCGUGCCAAGAAAGAAAUGAGAAAUGUUUGAGACGUAGAAUGUGCACAGGAUUAACGUAAACACUAUUAUCAGAGAUUACCCAAUUCCUGACUAUGGUGAAAAAAUACAAAAGUACAGUUGAGAGCAAUGCGAAUACUCUUCCUGAUGUCAACGAAAGAUCACAAAUUGACGGAGAAUCUGUGGAGCUAUCCUCCAAAAAAGAUGUUAAAGAAGAGAAACUCCAAGGAGCAGAUAAUUUGCAGAGCGAUGGCUCUAGAUCUGUGAUUAUUGUUAAACCCAAUAAUCAAAGUAAGAAGAGCAAAUGGUAUCACAAAAUAAGGCUAUCUAGAAAAGGAAAACAAGGCAACGACCAUGAAUUCGAGAAAGGAGAUGAGCAAAACCAAGAAUUUGAGCAAAGAAGAAGUGAAAAGGACGAUGAAACUAUGAGCGAUGGUUUAAUGCUAUUGGAAGAAACUGUAACCAAGUCAUAUGAAGGGAGUCAUGCGACAACCGGGCAGGAAGAAAAUAACCACAAAGAAAUAGAAUUGGAAAAAGUACAAAACAAAAAUUUCAAAACAAUGGAAGCGUUGGGAAUGUAUGGGCUACUCACACCAGCUAUUGCUGCAGUGCCAACAACUGAUGAAUUUGAUUCAGUUCACAAGCAAAUUAAAGCCCAGCUUGGAGAUGAUUGGGAGCUCAAGCUGGCAGCAGAUCACAUUGAUGAUGCAUUGAAAGGAAGGGGUAAACAUGGAAAAGCCAGAUCGCACUUCCGGCCGAAAUUCGCUCAAAGGUGUUUCAGAAUCUUAGACAACGUCUGGUAUCAGCGGUUUUUCCUUCUGGCAAUUCUUGUGCAUGCUCUUUUGAUAUUUGUAGAGCCACCUUCCUCUGGUGCUGCAAGCAUGCAUUUCAUGGUGUUUGCAACAUUGGUAGUGUGCCUCAUGAUAUACACCAUUGAUCUGGUAAUGCGAAUACAGUUUCAUAGUUGGAAAAUCUUUUGGGCAAAUGAAACCGAGGAAGGUUAUUGGAACGGAGUUCAGUUUUUGUUGGUCUGUUUAUUUUGGAUUGAUUUUAUUAUUCUCUGCACAUCAGUGAUUGUAAAUAGCUACUAUCCACAACCAUUUAGAUGCCUUCGCUUGGUGAUGUUGUUGUGCAGAGUUCGAAGCAUCCGACAUAUUUUUGAGGUUCUGGCCAUCAUUGGGACAAGUCUAUUAAAAGUUUUAUUUAUUAUAUUGAUAUUUAUUAUAACUUUUGCAUGCAUUGGGGUGCACUUAUACAUGGAUACAUACAAUGAAAGUUUUACCAAAACAAGCAACAUCUCACAAAGUGAGUACUGUUGCGUGAAUUCUGAAGAGGAAGCCACUUAUAAAGGGGCAUUUGAUAACGUUGGCAUUGCCAUACUGCGACUCUUCGUACUUCUGUCAACAGAGAAUUAUCCUGAAAUCAUGCUUCCUGCAUUACGGAAGAACAAGUUAAACUUUUUUUAUUUUGGGGUGUUUGUUUUCUUUGGUGGAUUCUUCCUAACAGCCAUUCUACUUGCAAUUGUUGUUGAUAGUUAUUGGGUCUUUGCGAAAAAGACGAUAAAAAAGGAAAGAGCAAGAGAAAGAACUGAAUUAGCAAAAGCGUGGAAUAUCCUUGACCCGUUUGGCCUAGGUGCCUUAUCAGUUGAUGAUAGCAAGUUUAUGGACCUUUUUCGACUGCUGAAACCAAAGAAUUCGGAUGAACAAAACAUCAUGUUAAUACAUUUAUUGGACAGCCAAGGCGAUGGUGAAAUAGAUUCGUUUGAAUGGACAACAACCUUACGCGAGGCAUUAAAUGCUGAAUUUGAAGAAGAUGAAGAUUUUUCAAAAGAGGUCCUCAAAAGUAAAUUUUGUGUGAAAGUUAGGGAUAAAGCAGAAGUACUAGUUGAGUCCGGAGCCUUUUCAAAGUUUAUUGUUUGCUUGAUCUUGCUACACGGAGCUCUGUUUUGCUUAAAAUGGAAAGGGCAGCCUGAUAAAUGUGAAACUGCAAUUCAUGGAAUCCGCACAGGACUAACAGUAAUAUUCUUGUUUGAGAUCAUCGUUCGAGUUGCCGCACUUGGAAAAAGGAUCCUCAGGCCACUCGAAAUAAUUGACAUUUCAUCGGUUUUCGUGGCACUAACUUUUAACUGCAUUUACUAUGGAGACAUGAAUAACACUGACUUUAAAGAAACUUGUGUCACAAUCUCAAGCUUAGCCAUUAUAAUCAGAUGGUUGCUGAACUCGUCUGGAACAAGAAAGGCCUUCCGAUGGUUUUUGACCAUAGUUCCUGUCAUGUUUGAUCUAGUUGUUCUGCUUUUCGUUAUACUCCAUCUGUUGGCAACAAUUGCCAUGGAAAUAUUCCACUCUCAUGGCCUCCCUAAACAGAAUCAAAUCUAUCCGGACUCCUGUGCACUUGGCUUUAAAGAUUUCUGGUGCUCAUUUCUUAUCAUGUUUCAAACACUGACAACGAGCAAUUGGCAUGAAAUUAUGAAUUUGGCCCAUUCAGAGACGAAAAGCGUCGUUGCAUAUUUCUUCUUCCCCUUGAGCUACUUGAUUAUUACAAUGAUUGUCAUGAACUUGUUUGUCGCGAUUGCAAUAGAAGCUGCCAAUAAAUUGACCAGUAGACGCUCUGAGAGUAUGGCGAAUUCGUUACAUCAAUCGACUAUUGAUUCAACCAAUCAGAAACCGAAAGCGACAUUUCAGCAAAGUGCUAAGAAGAUACUAGCUGCCUUGGCCAAAGAUGUGAUUGGCAGUGCAAGGGUCGAAGAGACACAGGACCGAAGCAGCCACCAACAGAUCAAUUCACCAACAUCAUCAUCAAUAAUGACGCUGAAAGGGACACGAAAAGGCUCAACCACAAUUAUUCUGUCCCCAUCCUCCUCCAAACGAGGCAAGAGCAAUAACAGUGGACAGUCUUACGAUAAGAAAGGGGAUGAAAACCAAAAUGAGGCAAAUGAAGAAGACGAAGAGGACGAAACUGAGGAUUAUUCUGGACUUAGUCCUAAAGAAAGGAGAGAAAGGCAACUAAAGAAUCGAAUGAAAAAGAAAAGGAAAGCCCGCCAGAAGAUUCGCAAAACCUCUGCACACGUACUGGACCAGAUCCAAAAGCAAGUUCGAGCAAUCGCUUCGUUCCGUGGUUCGCAACCCACUGACCUUGAUUUCAUUGUUGGGGAUACUAUAACAGUCAUUGCUACGAGAGAUGAAUGGAUGCAAGGAGAGUGCAAAGGGGCAACUGGAUGGUUUCCAGCAUCACACGUGGUGAAUUGGAGUGCGAAAAUCCUUCAUGAAAGUAGAAAUGAGGCCAACAAAAACAAACCUCUCAGCAACGACGCUGUCAUCGCUAAUGAUGAGGCUAUUGCAAGUACAGUUGUCAAUAAUGACACACAGAUAAGGCCAAAAACACCCGUUGGUGGUCCUGAAAGCGAAUCGCUCACAGGCACAAAAAAGCCAGCGAGCUCAUUGGCACCUCAAACGAACUACAUGUUCGGUAUGUUUGCGAUCUUGUUCAACUUCAACUUAAACCUUUCUUACAGUGACAGAUUUUUCCGUGGUCACUACUGCUUGAAAUAAUUCUAAUCAGAUAAUUUUUCCAUUAUUCUUGAUAUUCUGGCCUGCGCAUUUUCGCUACUGAUUCUUAUAAAAGAAUAAAAAAACAGUAGAAAAUAAUUCGUUUAAAAAUGUUUAUGAAAAAUGUGAUCCAGGUGGAAAAAGUGGAGGACCCGGGCAUCGAUCCCGGUACCUCUCGCAUGCUAAGCGAGCGCUCUACCAUCUGAGCUAGCCCCCCGUUGUAAGGAGAUGUGCGAGAAGGGAUAGUAGUCAUAUUGUUCAGAGUUUGGUUUGGUUUUGAAGAGUGGGUUUUUUUUCACAUCAAAAUGGUCUAUUAUUUACGUCGUCCAUUCCAACUUUUAAAAAAAGUUUAGGGAAAGAAACAACCAGGAAAGUUUAUUCAGCGCUUACCCUUGUUGUAAUAUUGAUUUUUACAUUUUCGAUCUGAUUUUUAAGCUGUGUUUGAUACAGGCACCGCGGAGCAUUGAGAAAAGUGGGGGGUCUAAAAAAGUGGGCGGGGUGGGGCAAAAUCCGUAUUAAAUGAGGCUUUACUGGUAGUUUAUUGAUAUUUUGACAUUUUUUGCAAAUAACCCCCCCCCCCCCCC